CACCCCACCAAAGCUUCAUCCCAUCAUACAACAAUGACGGAGCAGCUUCCGAGCUUCAAUUCCUUCAACGACCUACGGAUACGGUUUGCACCUCCGAAUACCUCGAAUCACCAGCCCAGACCUCUGGAACUGUCAAUUUCACAACCACUACGGAAUUACUGCCCGAAUCAUUCCCGGCAAAAGUACCACUCAAAAUGUCCUUCGGCUCCAAAAAGUUCCGCAGCUCCGCCGAAUCCAACACCUUCGGCGCCCGCUACCGCGCCAUGAUGGCCAAGCGCCCCUUCCUCCUCUUCGGCCUCCCCUUUUUGACAGUCAUCAUCGGCGGCUCCUUCGUCCUCACGCCCGCCACCGCGAUCCGGUACGAGCGCCACGACCGCAAGGUCAGGACCAUGACGCGGGAUGAAGAGCUGGGUAUCGGGCAGCAGAGGAGGAAGGUGGACAUGAAGGAGGAGUACUACAGAUUGGCAGCGAAGGAUCUCGACGAUUGGGAGCAGAAGCGCGUCAAGAGGUUCAAGGGGGAGAGUGAUGGUAUUUUGUGAAGACGUGCGCGCUCUGUGACAGGUGAGAUGAUGGGGGGUGUUUACGAAGGGAUGAUGGAGAAACUCGGCCGCGAGCAGCAUAAUCUCACCGCCGACUUACCCAGCCUUCCAACUUUACGAAUCCCUCCAGGCCGCAAGUUGGGUUGGGGGUUUGUUAUUGUCAUUGUCGGCUGACCAUAGCAACCCCCAGUCACGCGCGUACAAAAAAGAGACACGCGCGCCUUGUUUUUGUACGACGAUGAUUGAUCCGAUGGUUUGGGACUUACUCGUGCAACAUUGAAAAGAGGGCGGCUGUUGUCUUGUCACUAUUACGCCGAAAAUCUCCGACAGCUGUUACUCGCCCCCCCUUGCCUUUUCAGAUGUUUGAUGGGAGAGAUGGGGGGUGUCAGUUUUCGAUCAUAAUAUCAGUCAAGAUCACAAAGCAGUACGGCCGAGCGGGAUCGACUUCCGGGCACACGGUGAUGGUCUCAGGGACUUUUUGAUGAUGGGGGUUUUGUCUCCGCCAUCCUUGGCUUCAAACCCGGACGUUAUCUCCACAUUUUGACUCUGGGAGCCUCCCGCGCUUUCCCGCGGCCGAGAGUCAAACCAGUCUGUCGGAGAGAUCACAUAUUCAAUUUUUUUUUGUCUCUGAAAGACGGGGAAAUUUUUUAUAUGAGCCGGUUGUUGUCGCACACAAGCCACAUUGACAGGGGUGGUUGAAGAUAUCGGGGAAAUACUCCGGGGCUGGGUAGGGUACUUGACAACUGAUAUAGUUAUCAGAGCCAAAACAGACAAAGACAGGUUGGUUACAGCCGGUGUUUUUGUCUGGUCUCACCUUAGCUUUGGGUAUUGCCUAGGAUCGGGUCUGCUCAUCCGAGGUUGCCGGUGACAAAAUCAACAAUAGUGGUUGUUGGAACCGGGAAUUUGAUCACUUUUACCAAGUGUCGGGUUUCCGGAUUGCUGGUGAUGAUGGCUGUAAUGGAUCCGAUUGGAUCCAGACCCUUGGGAGGAGGAGGAGGAUGGGGGCUAGUUGUUCUCAGCGAUGGGAUGAUGACGGUGCUUAGGUUGCUGAGGAUUAUGAUAGCUCGUGGCUGACGGGGAGGCGAGGCUGCAGAAGGAAUAAGUGAUGGGAUUUUUGACAACACAGAGAUGCAUGCAUACGUUGCCGCCAGCCUUGCUGCUGAGUACCACCACCUCCACUACCACCACCAUCAACAAUACACAAAACAACGGCCAAAAAUAUCAUCUUUUUUUUCAUCCAACAAGAGGAUCUAACUUUUGGGCGCCCGUUCCAACAAGACAGUAGCUGUAGUGUCUAGUGUUUGAUGUUUGCAGGGUGCAUAUGUCAUUGACCCAGUGACCCCUCUUGUACAUAGGAGUUUGAAGCCAACAAACCAUAAAAGAUUUGUUUAUGUCAAAAACGCGGGGAGGAUUUUCCCUACGCCUCGGGCACAAGCGUUGAUCUGCGGAUCAUCCGCCCGCAUUUUGUUUCAGA